UUUAGAUUUGAGAAGGUUUCUACAAACUCGUGGAAAUGCGUUUAUCAAGCUCCGAUUCGCGUUAAGUCUCGUUCGUGACCGCGACGCGGUCCAGACUUGUCCGUUCGUUCGUGUCCGUCAGGUGUGAACCUGGCUUAACGUAUCUUUAGUGUCCAUGAGGCACACGAGGUUAAUAUGGCCGCCAGUUCUCGACGCGUACGGAACCAGUUCCAGGAUGAAACCGGUUUGGAACUAGUUUCCAUUGGUUUUUCGGCCCCCUGCGAGACCGUGCCGCGACCGAGAUUGGCACUCGUGCCGGACUUCUCUCGGAGAUUGGAACGGAGGUUACGUUACGAGGGCACGCUAACAUGGCCGAUCAUACAGAGCAGAAAGGAGACAACGUCGACGGUCAAAUGGAGAUCAAAGUGGAACCCACGCUUCAGUGUUACGUGGAAGAGGAACACGAAAACGGAUUUCCCGGUUUUGAAAACAAUGGAGCUAUACCGUCGAGCGCAGAUGUUGGUGCAUUGAAUUUGUGGACCAGCAAGGCGACCACUUGCCUGAUCAGUCAAUAUAAAAAGUACCGAUCAAUGGUCGGCCAAUCGACGCAGAUCAGGAGCCUGCGGGAGAUGUUCGAGAUGAUCUCAUUGGAGAUGCAGAAUUACGGAUUUUACUUCAGCCCCCAAAAGUGCGAGAACAAGUGGCGGGUGCUGGAACGUAAGUACAAAAACCUGGUGUUCCGGGAACGAUUGAAGAAGCCUGGUAGGAUGAGACACUACGGCCACUGGGAGCACAAACGAGCGUUGGACGAAAUCUUCAAUGAAAAAAGGAGGCACAUGUAUCUAGAAGAAAGCGAAUUUCCUUCACCAGCUGGCGGAUCAGCGAAGUACACGUUCAUUCUGCCGAAACCGACCGGCGAAGAUCAGACUAACACAGUUGAACAGCAAAAGCAAGACGAUCCUCUAGCAGCACCUACGUCUAACACCCUAGCGAAUAACAAGGGAGAACAGACGGAUCCAAACGGGCCGCUGACGGCACUUUUCGACAGGUUUCUGGAGGAGAUAGCGAAAAAUUUUGCGAUCGCCGAGAAGAACAAGGAGAAGAGGCACAAAGAGGAGAUGGCGAUGCGGCAGAGUGAGCUAGAGGUGCAGAAGAGCCUCUUGAAGCUGAAGGAACAAAAACUGGAGCUGCAGAAGUGUCAGAUCAUUGCAGCUGCUCAGCACUUGCAUUUAAACAUGUGAGUGGGCAUGUUCUAUAAACACUGACACUCGAAUGACUCUUACCAAAUAGUAAUAAGACGGUGACUUUAUAUAAAUACUCGUGACAAAGUGUAA